AUGGCUAGUAAUCCAGCUCCUAAAAAUGUCGUUACCGUGAAUCAAAAGCUUGUACUGCUUGGUGAUUCCGCUGUUGGAAAAAGUAGUCUCGUUCUUCGCUUCGUGAAAGAUCAAUUCGAUGAUUACAGAGAGAGCACAAUUGGAGCUGCCUUCUUAACUCAAACUGUUCCCAUAGACGACAGCACAUCCGUAAAGCUUGAAAUUUGGGAUACCGCUGGCCAAGAACGCUAUAAAUCCUUAGCCCCUAUGUAUUAUCGCAAUGCUAAUUGUGCAAUUGUGGUCUAUGAUAUUACUCAAGCUUCUUCUUUGGAAAAAGCAAAAUCAUGGAUUAAAGAAUUGCAACGUCAAGCUCCGGAGGGAAUUAUCAUUGCACUUGCUGGAAACAAGUUAGAUCUUGCUCAAGAGCGUAGGGCUGUUGAGAAAUCAGAUGCUGAAGCCUAUGCUGCUGAAGCCAAUCUUUUAUUCUUUGAGACUUCAGCCAAAACUGCUGAAAAUGUUAACGAGCUUUUUACAACUAUUUCCAAAAAGUUACCUCUUGAAGACAAGCUAAACCAGGCAAGAGGAAACGCUCCUCGAGGUGUGAACCUUUCAGAAUCUUGGCCAAAUCCUCCAUCUGGCGGCACUUGUGCAUGCUAA